AAAUCAACUCCAAUCAACUACGAUGCCGAAUCUAGCUCAAAGCUCAACCCUUUUUUUUUUCAAUUCUCCUAGACCAAAUCGAUCAGAUUUUAAGGAUUAGUUUUUUUAUUCAUGUUGGUUUGAGUUUGAAUCGCGAAUCUAAGCUCAAAGUUGAAUCCUUUUUCUAAUUUCUCUAAGACCAAUCUGCUUUUCUUUGGUGUUGUUUCUAAAUGUUUGAUUUUGAUUCAUAAGCUUUAGACAUAGAGAGAUCUCACUGAAGGAGAAGAGAGUUAUAACAAGAUACAUGGAGGAACACCACUGCUGCUUUUACUCCAAGAUGCUCUCAAGAUUUAGCAGCAUCAGUUCCUUCAUGCUUAGUUUGGUGAUUGUUCUAGUGGUCCGUGUACUAUAUGUUAUGUACCACUGUGGCAAACCCUUUCCCAAAGGAGCUUCACGAUCGCUUACUACUCUUAUUGUUCUUGGUUCUGGGGGACACACGGCAGAGAUGUUGAGUCUCCUCUCUGUUUUGCGCAUGGACAGAUUCACCCCCAGGUUUUACAUCGCUGCAGCUACUGAUAACAUGAGUCUCCACAAAGCUCGUUCCUUUGAACACUCUCUAGCUGACAAGCCUGCUACUAAGGAAGCUUCCUUACAGUACACGCAAAUUUACCGGAGUAGAGAGGUUGGUCAGUCUUAUGUGACUUCUGUUUGGACUACCAUUCUUGCCACUGUUCACGCUCUCUGGCUAAUGAUCCGGAUCAGACCCCAAGUUAUUCUUUGUAAUGGUCCUGGGACAUGUAUUCCUCUCUGUGUGAUCGCUUUCUUGUUCAAGGUGGUGGGAAUCAGAUGGUCAUCGAUCUUUUAUGUUGAGAGUGUAGCAAGAGUUCAGAAGCUCUCGUUAAGUGGAUUGCUGCUUUACAAGUUAAGGAUAGCUGAUCAGUUCUUUGUUCAAUGGCCACAACUGCAAAAGAACUAUCCUCGGGCUCACUACGUUGGCUGCCUGAUGUAAGCUGAUUUUUGGGAACUAUCCUCACACAUAGAUUGUAUUACAAUAACUUAGACAAAGUUUACACCCUCUCUUAAUAUACAAUACUACUACUAGUCUUUGGUUGCUCUGAACAAAAGUAUCAGUUACUGAAGUUUUGUAAUCAGCUUGUUCUGAAGCUGUUGAGCUUACAAUGUGAUUUGGGUAGUUUUCUUGAAAACUAAACCACAGUAACUCACUAUUUUCUUUAAAA